CCUCUAUUUUGGCUUCAGGGAAAACCAGACGAUUCCAUUCAGAAAUCCACAGUCAAGCUUUGUGUGAGAAGAGCAUAGACGACAACCCUGAAAGAACGUUUGCAACAGCGUGGAGUGAAACAUAACUUAUUUUCAACAUUGCAAAGGAAUUAAAUCUUCGCAAAUAAAGAACAGACAGACGAACGAGCGUCUCCUGCUGCUACCGUCAGCCCCUCCUCCCCCUCCACCCCUCCAAGACCAACUUCAGUCCCGAGGGCGUGAAGAUAUUCAGGCAACAUGGAUGGAUUUUAUGACCAGCAAGUCCCUUUCAUGGCCCCCUCCAGGCAGAAUUGUCACGUGGAAGAACCAGCGAACACGCCAUUUAACGACCGGAAGAGAAAGUUUGUUGACACUGAGCUCGCCCAGGACACAGAAGAUCUCUUUCAGGACCUCAUGCAACUUCAAGAGACAUGGAUUGCAGAAGCUCAGGUGCCUGAUGACGAACAGUUUGUCCCAGAUUUCCAGUCGGAUAACCUAAUGUUCCAUGGACCUCCAGCCAAUAAAGUGAAGCGAGAGUCCAGCGCCUCCAGAGAUCUGUCCCCCUGCAGUCAGGAACAACAGAGACUCUACACAGACAAGUGCCUUUACAGCUACAGUGCCUACAACAGGAAGCCACUUGGCAUCAAUACUUUAACCCCACCCUCCACACCCGCCUCACCUUGCAGCCCCGCCCCCACCCCGGGGACACACCCCCUACAGAGGCAGAUCACGUCCCCUGUCCAGGCAACACACCCCGGCCACAGUCGUCCAACUCACGGGCACAGCCCCUCCCACCACCGGACACUCCCGCCACACCCAAGCCAAAGCCAGCCUUUCGCCGUGCCCCGCCUACCUGUCAAUCACUCCGAUGCCUCCUACAGCUCAGAACACAGGUUCCAGCGGCAGCUCUCUGAGCCAUGUCUGCCUUUCCCUCCGCCUGACGGUGCCGCCUGUACCCCUUACCCUCCUCAGCCCCAUCACCCCCACCGGGCCCCCCUGUCCCGGGACGGCCGCCCCAUCUACCAGCGGCACCUGUCAGAGCCCUUGGUCCUCCUCCCUGCUCAGGGCUUCAAGCAGGAGCUGGUGGACCUCCGUUACACCGAGCAGGGGGUCCCCACCAUGGGCCCUCCCCGCACCCCGUUCCAGGGCCUCUCUAUAAAGCAGGAGCCCCGGGAUUUCUGCUUUGACCAAGAAAUGCAGAACUGCCAGUCUUCUUUCAGGAAGUCCGGUAACUUCUACCAAAACAGUGAUGGGUUGAUCUACGACGGAGAGCCUCAUCUGUACAACGACGACACAUGCGUGGUUCCAGAGAGACUAGAAGGCAAGAUCAAGCAGGAGGCCGGAGUGUUCCGGGACGGACCGCCCUACCAGCGCCGAGGUUCCCUGCAGCUCUGGCAGUUCCUGGUCACUCUGCUGGACGACCCGGCCAAUGGUCACUUCAUCUCCUGGACCGGCCGCGGCAUGGAGUUCAAACUCAUCGAGCCCGAAGAGGUGGCUCGGCGCUGGGGCCUCCAGAAGAACCGGCCUGCCAUGAACUACGACAAGCUGAGCCGCUCUCUACGCUACUACUACGAGAAGGGCAUCAUGCAGAAGGUAAAGGUGGCUGGAGAGAGGUACGUGUACAAGUUUACGUGUGACCCCGAGGCGCUCUUCUCCAUGGCCUUCCCUGACAACCAGAGGCCCAGCCUGAAGCAGGACCCGGACUGCCUGCCGCCGUCUGCGGGGGAGGACGACACCACCGUGCCCCUGGCCCACUACGAGGAUGGCUGUGGCCCCUACCUGGCCGACGGAGGGGAGCGGUGCGUCUCCUUACUGGGCUUCCCCGAUAACUAUUCAUUCUGAAUGUUCUGACCAAUGACGGAAUAAAGACAGCUGUCAUCUGGUACCCUGCCACACCCCUACCCUACCCCAAACUCUGGUCCCCUAGCUACACACCACUACCCUACCCCUUGUCCCCUAACUGUACACUCCAACCCCACAUCCCAAAACUACACACCACUACCCUACCCCACAUCCCAUAACUACACACCCAGAGCCCAAACCCUAGUCCCCUAACUACACACCCAGAGCCCAAACUGCUGAGCGGAUUUGGAGCUCUGUAACCCCCCUCCCCUACUCCUAUCCCAAACUCAGCUCCUCUUGCCAGUCUUGAGAUUACCCUCCCCAAGUCCCAAGGAAAAAACGGUCAACCCUGAGACGGCCAUCUUGCUUAUUCUUUGCCCUCUGUUAUCAAACUGAAUUGUGGCGAAAGGUGUGCGGUCCUCAUCAACAUAAACUGAACUGAGUGAUCUCCCUUACGGGGGUUGAGCGAGGACACUGUUCACGUGAUUAUAAUGGGACUCAAGUAAUGGGCACGAGUGUGCCAGGAUUGUAGCCAAUAGCCAUGCAGUUUCCACAAUCUGCUCGGUACGAGUAUGACAAGUAAUGGCAAGGAUAUAAAACAUUGAUAAAGCAAUCGUUUUAUGGCUUGAUCCCAAACAAAAAGAGUAGUACACUUGACACGCGCACAGGGGCUUCACCUUGGAGAGAAUCUACGACUCCAAUGAACCUUAAGUACCGCAGGUGGUGAUGUAACGUAGCUCUGUAUGCAAUGAAUGGGCCAAACACACAGGCAACCGACUGUUCUUAUUAAUCCAUAAUACAUCGUACGACUAUAAAGAAGCUGGGACGCGAGUACCCCGGAGCAAGUUGCUUUGGCCAAUCAUUAAAAACAACAACACACUGAAAUCCAAUCUGAAAUGGGAGAGGUGGACUCCGGACUCGCUAGCUCAGCAUUCUCUUCAGACUCUGGGGAUUUUUUUUUUUCUCUUACCCAAAAAUGUAAAGCCUUCCCGGUGCUGUUUUACUCCUGAUGUUGGCGUGUCCUCUACCAGAUGUAUCUUUCCACCGCAUUUAACCAUGGCAUCUCUUUACUCCUGAUGUUGGCGUGUCCUCUACCAGAUGUAUCUUUCCACCGCAUUUAACCAUGGCAGCUCUUUACUCCUGAUGUUGGCGUGUCCUCUACCAGAUGUAUCUUUCCACCGCAUUUAACCAUGGCAUCUCUUUACUCCUGAUGUUGGCGUGUCCUCUACCAGAUGUAUCUUUCCACCGCAUUUAACCAUGGCAGCUCUUUACUCCUGAUGUUGGCGUGUCCUACCAGAUGUAUCUUUCCAAUAUGUUUUUUAGCUCUUUCAUUUGACUCAUUUUGUCGUAACAUGUAAAAGGGACGCGCAUACAAAACAGUAUUUUUCCUGAAGUGUUGACUUCCUAUUAAGAAGUGUGUAUUGAAAAAUACAUGUUUAUGUACUAUGACGAUGACAAAAGUACUGCAACUGUCACGCAGUCCCUUCUCCAAAAACUAUAACUGCCAAUAGUAAGCUAAACAUUCGCAUUUUCUCACAGAAAGCUGUACCAACCUAUUGCUGUACCAUUCAAGUUUUCUGGUUUUCGUAUAGUUUAUCGGGGAGUAUAUGAAACAAACAUCUAAAAUGUAAAUGUAUAUAUGAAUAUAUUUUUGCAAAGUCAUAUGUUUUGACAUUGUACACGCUGGAAUGUUUGGCCUGGUAACGGGUUUGCAUCUUUUAAUUCUUGUCAUGAAGUUACGGCGUCCAUAUUAGGACAUAUCCCCAGUCUCUGCAGGGGUUGUCUGUCAAGUCCUGCAAAGACUGAGGCUGUCCUAAUAUGGACACCGUAUUAAGGCAGUGGGUUGGAGCCUAGAAAGACCUCCCCGUUGACUGUGUGGUGGGCUGUGUCGGCGUCACACGUGUGUAACAGUAUAUUUUGAUAUGAUUCUGUCUAUAUGUGGGUUGCGGGUAUCUUGUCCACGACGUUGACGUUUGCUGGCACUUAUACAAGUGACAACCCCCCCACCCCCUUCCCCACAAAAACAAUGUGUGCCUUCCACUGCUUUUGGUUGAUUUUCUAUACUGGAUACAAUAAACUAUACUUUCUGCUUCAAA